AGAGGGAUGCGGGCGGCAGAGCGCGAGAGGCGGCUGCUGGGCUGCGGGGCGCCUUGACUCUCCUUCCACCCAGCCUCCUUGGACUCCUCUCCUCUGCCCUCUGGACUCCGGCCCCCUCGUGACCCCCCGGCUGCCCAGAGCCCCCCCCCAUGGCAGCGGCCCCCCGAGUCUCCGGCGCGGCUUCCCAGCGGACGACCCUCUCGCUCCCGGGGCUGGGCCGGGUCGCUGGAUGUUUCUGAAACUCCGGAGACCAUGCGCGGGUUUGGCCGCUGCUUCCCCGUCGGGUGCCCCUGCCACCGCCGCCGCCCGUGCUGCCGCCGCCCGCGGGAUGCUCAGUAGCCCGCCGCCCGGCCCCCGCGAUCGCGUGUUCUUCGGAAGCCGUUUGCUACUGCAGAGUUGCGCGAACUAGUCAUGGUGCCGUGGGAGUCCCCGCGGCAGUGCAGCAGCUGGACACUUUGCGAGGGCUUUUGCUGGCUGCUGCUGCUGCCGGUGAUGCUGCUCAUCGUAGCCCGCCCGGCGAAGCUCGCGGCGUUCCCUACCUCCUUGAGUGACUGCCAAACGCCCACCGGCUGGAACUGCUCCGGUUAUGAUGACAGAGAAAAUGAUCUCUUCCUCUGUGACACCAACACCUGUAAAUUUGAUGGGGAAUGUUUAAGAAUUGGAGACACUGUGACUUGCGUCUGUCAGUUCAAGUGCAACAGUGACUACGUGCCUGUCUGUGGCUCCAAUGGGGAGAGCUACCAGAAUGAGUGCUACCUGCGGCAGGCUGCCUGCAAACAGCAGAGCGAGAUACUUGCAGUGUCUGAAGGAUCAUGUGCCACAGAUGCAGGAUCAGGAUCUGGAGAUGGAGUCCAUGAAGGCUCAGGAGAAACCAGUCAAAAGGAGACUUCAACCUGUGAUAUUUGCCAGUUCGGUGCAGAAUGUGAUGAAGAUGCUGAGGAUGUCUGGUGUGUGUGCAACAUCGACUGUUCUCAAACCAACUUCAAUCCCCUCUGUGCUUCUGAUGGGAAAUCUUAUGAUAAUGCAUGUCAAAUCAAAGAAGCAUCAUGUCAGAAACAGGAGAAAAUUGAAGUUAUGUCGUUGGGUCGAUGUCAAGAUAACACAACUACAACUACUAAAUCUGAAGAUGGGCAUUAUGCAAGAACGGAUUAUGCAGAGAAUGCUAACAAGUUAGAAGAAAGUGCAAGAGAACACCACAUACCUUGCCCAGAACAUUACGAUGGUUUCUGCAUGCAUGGGAAGUGUGAACAUUCUAUCAAUAUGCAGGAGCCAUCUUGCAGGUGUGAUGCUGGUUAUACUGGACAACACUGUGAAAAAAAGGACUACAGUGUGCUGUACGUUGUUCCCGGCCCUGUACGAUUUCAGUAUGUCUUAAUCGCAGCUGUGAUUGGGACCAUUCAAAUUGCUGUCAUCUGUGUGGUGGUUCUCUGCAUCACAAGGAAAUGCCCCAGAAGCAACAGAAUUCACAGACAGAAGCAAAAUACAGGGCACUACAGUUCAGACAACACAACAAGAGCAUCCACGAGGUUAAUCUAAAGGGAGCAUGCUGCACAGUGGCCGGACUUCUGAGAGCUGGGACUACACAAUACAGUAUUAUAGACAAAAGAAUAAGACAAGAGAUCUACACAUGUUGCCUUGCAUUUGUGGUAAUCUACACCAAUGAAAACAUGUACUACAGCUAUAUUUGAUUAUGUAUGGAUAUAUUUGAAAUAGUAUACAUUGUCUUGAUGUUUUUUCUGUAAUGUAAAUAAACUAUUUAUAUCACACAAUAUAGUUUUUUCUUUCCCAUGUAUUUGUUAUAUAUAAUAAAUACUCAGUGAUGAGAAAAA